UCCUUCCCUCCAUCUCUCUCCUCCGACGAUCUAAGAAACUUCAGUCCCAGCUGUGCCAACCACUCUCUCUCUCUCUCUCUCUCUCUCACCGAAAUAUCUUCAAAAACCCAGUUAAGGCAUCAAUUUCAUCCUCUAUAUUCACAACCACAUAGUUAUAGACGUCUGAUUCUAUAUACGAGAUCCACAUCUUACCUAAUUUGCUUGGUUCGUGCUUGAAGCUAGGUGUUAGCGUUGGAUGAUAAAAUAGAGAUAUGAAAUUUUGAGGAUUAGGGGUUUGAUUUAUCUGUGAUGGCGUCGGAGGUGACUCAUAGCUGGAGAGAUUCGUACAAGGGCAUGUCCUCUGACAACAUCAAGGGUUUGGUUUUGGCUUUGUCUUCAAGCUUCUUCAUCGGUGCUAGCUUCAUUGUUAAGAAAAAGGGUUUAAAGAAAGCCGGCGCUUCUGGAGUUAGGGCAGGUAAUGGAAUACAUUGGGAGCUGGAAGUCUAGCACAAUGUAGCCUCAUGUUACCUGCUAUCCUUCAUUCCUCAUAUCCAUCGACUUAUCUUGCAAGAGCUCUAGUCCAGAGGGCACCGUGGAGGAGUUUUUCUUCGUUUUUCUGUAGUUGUUUCAGUUAUUUUUUUUAUUUCUCCCAUAUAAGCAUAGAUUUGAAAUAAGGUUAAUGUGGGUUGACAUGGCAAAUCGUUUUUUGUUAUAUUGUGAUUCAUUGUUACAUACUUUUUGGUCGUUGACAAUUACAGCCUCAAUGAAAAUAAUUCUGUGCACUUCUUUUCACACAGGAGUUGGAGGAUAUUCAUACUUAUAUGAGCCGCUGUGGUGGGUUGGCAUGAUAACAAUGAUUGUCGGAGAGAUUGCCAAUUUUGCUGCUUAUGCAUUUGCACCAGCUAUUCUGGUCACUCCUCUUGGUGCACUCAGCAUUAUUAUCAGUGCUGUACUUGCACAUAUUAUUUUACGAGAGAAGCUACAUAUUUUUGGAAUUCUUGGUUGUGCACUGUGCGUUGUGGGUUCCACCACCAUUGUACUUCAUGCUCCACAAGAACGGGAGAUUGAAUCUGUGACAGAAGUGUGGGAUCUUGCUACUGAGCCAGCUUUUCUUUUGUAUGCGGCAAUUGUGAUAACGAUUGUCUUCAUACUCAUAUUCCACUAUAUCCCACAAUAUGGGCAGACACAUAUACUGUUUUAUAUUGGAGUUUGCUCGCUCGUAGGUUCCUUGUCGGUCAUGAGUGUCAAAGCACUUGGAAUUGCAUUGAAGCUAACACUAUCAGGAAUGAAUCAGCUAAUAUAUCCCCAAACAUGGGCCUUUACCAUUGUGGUUAUGAUGUGUGUGAUUACCCAAAUGAAUUAUCUAAACAAGGCCCUUGAUACAUUCAACACAGCUGUUGUAUCUCCUAUAUACUACGUCAUGUUUACAUCUUUGACUAUCUUGGCAAGUGUGAUCAUGUUUAAGGACUGGGAUAGGCAGAAUUCAACCCAGAUUGUCACGGAAAUAUGUGGGUUUGUGACAAUCCUGUCUGGAACCUUCCUUCUUCACAAAACAAAAGACAUGGCCGAUGGUUCUAUGUCUCCAUCCAUGCGACUUGCCAAGCACACAGACGAGGAAAAUGGUUUUGGUCAAGAAGGCAUCCCUCUUAGGCGGCAGGAUUCUUUGAGAUAACCAUAGUGUGAGAUUUUGUUCAUCCUCAUUCCCAUAUGCUUUUUUGUCAUAGGGACCACACUAAUGUGAAAUUGUAUUUUAUCAAGCAUUGGAUCCAUCCCCCACAUGUUCGUUUUUGGAUAUAGUGGUAAAGAAAG